AAGACCCCGGUGCGGGGCGAGGAGCCAGUCUUCAUGGUGACGGGGCGGCGGGAGGAUGUGGCCAUGGCCCGGCGGGAGAUCAUCUCUGCGGCCGAGCACUUCUCCAUGAUCAGGGCCUCCCGCAACAAGGCAGGCACCACCUUCGGCAGUGCGCCCACCCUGCCGGGGCAGGUCACCAUCCGGGUGCGUGUGCCCUACCGCGUGGUGGGGCUGGUGGUGGGCCCCAAGGGAGCCACCAUCAAGCGGAUCCAGCAGCAGACCAACACCUACAUCAUCACGCCCAGCCGGGACCGGGAUCCCGUUUUCGAGAUCACUGGUGCGCCAGGCAACGUGGAGCGCGCCCGGGAGGAGAUCGAGACCCACAUUGCGGUGAGGACGGGCAAGAUCCUGGAGUACAACAACGAGAACGACUUCCUCUCUAGCAGCCCUGACUCUGGCAUGGAGAACCGCUACUCGGAGGCCUGGCGGGUCCACACGCCAGCGCCGGGCUGCAAGCCCCUCUCCACCUUCCGGCAGAACAGCCUGGGCUGCAUCGGCGACUGCUCCGUUGACCCUGUCUACGAGACCCCCCGGCUGAAUGACCAAAAUGACUUCAAUUACGGUUACCUCUUCCCCAACUACGGCGUGAACAAGCAGGAUCUGUACUACGGGGUGCCGGAGUCGGGGGCCCCGAUGUGGGCUGGCCAGGAGAACACCAACCCUGUCUCGGUGCUCUUCUCGAAGCAGCAGCGCUCCAGCAGCACUGGCACCAUCCACCCCAACUCCCACCGCUCCCCGUCCUCCUCCAUCCCAGAGCCCAGCCUCUCUGGGCUGCCCAGGAGGUCGCAGGGGGAGCCGCUCCAGGGGUUUUCCAAGCUGGGAACGCCGGCCGCUGCCCGGACAUCCGUUGCCAGCAGCCGCGAGUGCAUGGUGUGCUUCGAAAGCGAGGUCACAGCUGCGCUGGUGCCGUGCGGCCACAACCUCUUCUGCAUGAGUGUGCCGUGAGGAUCUGCGAGAGGACUGAUCCGGAGUGCCCGGUUUGCCACGCAGCAGCCACUCAGGCAUUAGAAUAUUUUCCUAAAGAAGACAGAGCAGGGCACUGGGGGGUGGGGGGUAGGAAGGAGCGUGGGGGGGGUCCACGAAAAAUGCUGAUGAUAAUAAUAAUAAUAAUAAUGAUAAUAA